CUCCCUUCUUCCCUCCCCUCCCGCGGCAGGAAAAGCAGCCGCGGGUGCCAGGCUCUCCGUGGCGCGCGAGCGGCGUGAAGGGCGGCGGACAGGAUGCGAGCGCAGUGGCCGGGACAACUCUGGGCCGCUCUGCUGGCGCUGGGGGCGCUGGCGGGCGUUGUCGUUGGAGAGUCCAACAUCUGUACCACACGAGGCGUGAACUCCUGCCAGCAGUGUCUGGCUGUGAGUCCUGUGUGUGCCUGGUGCUCAGAUGAGACUUUGUCUCAGGGCUCACCCCGAUGUAACCUGAAGGAGAACCUGCUGAAGGAUAACUGUGCUCCAGAGUCUAUUGAGUUCCCAAUCAGUGAGGCCCAGAUCCUGGAGGCUAGGCCACUCAGCAGCAAGGGCUCUGGAAGCAGCGCCCAGAUCACUCAAGUCAGCCCCCAGAGGAUUGCUCUUCGACUACGGCCAGAUGAUUCGAAGAUCUUCUCACUUCAAGUGCGGCAGGUGGAGGAUUACCCCGUGGACAUCUACUACUUGAUGGACCUGUCUUUCUCCAUGAAGGAUGAUCUGUCCAGCAUCCAGACCCUGGGUACCAAGUUGGCCUCUCAGAUGCGCAAGCUUACUAGCAACCUUCGGAUUGGCUUUGGGGCCUUCGUGGACAAGCCUGUAUCGCCGUACAUGUACAUCUCCCCACCGCAGGCAAUCAAAAACCCCUGUUACAAUAUGAAGAAUGCCUGCUUGCCCAUGUUUGGCUACAAACACGUGCUGACACUAACCGACCAGGUGUCCCGCUUCAAUGAAGAAGUGAGGAAACAGAGUGUGUCCCGUAAUCGAGAUGCCCCAGAGGGCGGCUUUGAUGCCAUCAUGCAGGCUACAGUGUGUGAUGAAAAAAUUGGCUGGAGGAAUGACGCAUCCCAUUUGCUAGUGUUUACCACGGAUGCCAAGACCCAUAUUGCCCUGGAUGGAAGGCUGGCAGGCAUUGUCCUGCCCAAUGAUGGGCGCUGUCACAUUGGCACCGACAACCACUACUCUGCCUCCACUACCAUGGAUUACCCAUCCCUGGGGCUGAUGACUGAGAAACUAUCCCAGAAAAACAUUAACUUGAUCUUUGCAGUGACUGAAAAUGUCGUCAGCCUUUACCAGAAUUAUAGUGAGCUCAUUCCCGGGACCACAGUGGGAGUCCUGUCUGAUGACUCAAGCAAUGUCCUCCAGCUCAUUGUUGAUGCUUACGGGAAAAUCCGCUCUAAAGUGGAGCUGGAAGUACGUGACCUGCCGGAAGAACUGUCACUGUCCUUCAAUGCCACCUGCCUCAACAACGAGGUUAUCCCAGGCCUCAAGUCUUGUGUGGGCCUCAAGAUUGGAGACACGGUGAGCUUUAGUAUCGAGGCCAAGGUGCGUGGCUGCCCCCAGGAGAAGGAGCAGUCUUUCACUAUCAAGCCUGUGGGCUUUAAGGACAGCCUCACCGUCCAGGUGACCUUCGACUGUGACUGUGCCUGCCAGGCCUUUGCCCAGCCUUCCAGCCCACGCUGCAACAAUGGGAACGGGACUUUUGAAUGUGGGGUGUGCCGCUGUGACCAGGGCUGGCUGGGGUCCAUGUGUGAGUGCUCUGAGGAGGAUUACCGACCCUCUCAGCAGGAAGAGUGCAGCCCCAAGGAGGGCCAGCCCAUCUGCAGCCAGCGGGGAGAGUGCCUCUGUGGCCAGUGUGUCUGCCACAGCAGUGACUUCGGCAAGAUCACUGGCAAGUACUGUGAGUGCGAUGACUUCUCCUGCGUCCGCUACAAAGGGGAGAUGUGUUCCGGCCAUGGGCAGUGUAACUGUGGGGACUGCGUGUGUGACUCGGACUGGACUGGCUACUACUGCAACUGCACUACACGCACUGACACCUGCAUGUCCACCAAUGGGCUGCUGUGCAGCGGCCGGGGCAACUGCGAGUGCGGCAGCUGUGUGUGUGUCCAGCCAGGCUCCUAUGGAGACACCUGUGAGAAGUGCCCCACCUGCCCAGAUGCCUGCUCCUUUAAGAAGGAGUGUGUGGAGUGUAAGAAGUUCAACCGGGGGACGCUCCAUGAAGAAAACACCUGCAGCCGAUACUGCCGGGAUGACAUCGAGCAGGUGAAAGAGCUGACGGAUACCGGCAAAAACGCGGUGAAUUGUACCUACAAGAACGAGGAUGACUGUGUCGUCAGAUUCCAGUACUACGAAGACACCAGUGGGAGGGCAGUCCUCUAUGUGGUGGAAGAGCCUGAGUGUCCCAAGGGUCCUGAUAUCCUGGUGGUCCUGCUGUCAGUGAUGGGGGCCAUCCUGCUCAUUGGCCUUGCUACUCUGCUCAUCUGGAAGCUACUCAUCACCAUCCAUGACCGGAAGGAAUUUGCUAAAUUUGAGGAAGAACGAGCCAGAGCCAAGUGGGACACAGCAAACAACCCGCUGUAUAAAGAGGCCACCUCCACCUUCACCAAUAUCACCUACCGGGGGACUUAAUGAGAAGAGGUCAUCCUUAGGCCAUCAUCAGAUGAUGCCAGGACUGUGGGAGUCUCUGCCAUUAUGUUUACAGAGGACAUUUGUGUGUGUGGGUGUGUGGGUGGGAUUUGGGGCAUGGGUUGGGCUGGGCUGGAAGAAUGUCAGUACGUGGGAAUGUAUCUCUCUGUGUGUACUUAUGUGUGUGACGAGUGUGGGGAAAUGUGUAAUUUAAAACUUGUGUCUCACAGGCAG